CGGUCCAGGAAAAAGGCGUAGCUAACCUGCGCAGCGACAAAGACUGCGAGCCCGAAACCUAUUGGGAAGGAAUAAAAAAGAAAUUCAGUAUCGUCGCGCUGUGUGCUCCAGACCGUCGUUCGGCGAGGCUCCGGCGGCCCCGGGGGCUCAGUACACACUCCCAGCUGUGAUUUCCAGUCGGCGUACCGUCAGCGAGUCGGUCGGGGGAGAAGUGUGGCAGCUGGCAGAUUUUCCGUUGGACGGUCUGAAGGCUCGGGUAUAGCGAGGGAGCCGCCAUGGCAGUCGGAUCAUUGAGCCUCCACAUCGGGAUAUGAAGAGGAGCUGCAUGUGUCCCGAGCCGUCAAGGAAACGCCGCAUUUCCCUCUGAUCCGCACCGGAUCUACAACUCGAACUCGGUUUUUUUUUUCUCUCUUUCUUUUCUCUCUCUUCAUCUACGUGGGAUUGAUUCCGCACCCAGAAAGAGCUCGCUACUGGCUUUAAGCAGGGGGGGCCACAGGGAGAGGCCAGAUUCAUGACUAUUUUAGUCGGAGCCGAGUCUUGAGAGGCCCGCUGAGAGAAAACCCGGGGACAUAAAGGGAGGAAUGAUGCUGUGACUGACCCUCGGUGGGAAAGAAAGGCCAGUUUAUUAGGCGCAGCGAAGCAGCGUGAAGGACCGUGGGUGAAAGGGACCUAUUUUCUGAAUCCUCACAGUGAAUUACCGUGGUAUUACAUUUACUGUCAUCCCCCUUUUGGAUGAGAAGGUUCGGCGAAUCGAUCAGCCCUGCCGUUUAAGCAAGUCACACAGUCUCCCGAGCCGAGAGAAUCAGACGGGAUCGGAUCAUGUCGGGUCGGCCCAGGACCACAUCCUUCGCGGAGAGCUGCAAACCAGUGCCGCAGCCUUCGGCGUUCGGCAGCAUGAAAGUCAGCAGAGACAAAGAUGGCAGCAAGGUAACGACAGUUGUGGCCACCCCCGGCCAAGGGCCCGACCGGCCGCAGGAAGUCAGCUACACGGACACUAAGGUCAUUGGCAACGGCUCCUUUGGCGUCGUCUACCAAGCCAAGCUGUGCGACUCUGGAGAACUGGUGGCCAUCAAGAAGGUCCUGCAAGACAAGAGGUUUAAGAACCGUGAGCUGCAGAUCAUGAGGAAGUUGGACCACUGCAACAUAGUCCGCCUGCGCUACUUCUUCUACUCCAGCGGAGACAAGAAAGAUGAGGUGUAUCUGAAUCUGGUUCUGGACUACGUUCCUGAGACGGUGUACAGAGUGGCCAGACACUACAGCCGAGCCAGACAGACUCUGCCCAUGGUUUAUGUCAAGUUGUACAUGUACCAGCUGUUCAGGAGCCUGGCUUACAUCCAUUCGUUUGGUAUCUGCCAUCGGGACAUCAAACCUCAGAACCUGCUACUGGAUCCAGAGACAGCUGUACUGAAGCUCUGCGACUUUGGCAGUGCGAAGCAGCUGGUCCGCGGGGAGCCCAACGUGUCCUACAUCUGCUCUCGCUACUAUCGAGCCCCCGAGCUCAUCUUUGGUGCCACGGACUACACUUCCAGCAUAGAUGUGUGGUCAGCCGGCUGCGUAUUGGCCGAGCUGUUGCUCGGACAACCCAUCUUCCCCGGCGACAGCGGAGUGGAUCAGUUGGUCGAAAUAAUCAAAGUUCUCGGCACCCCGACCCGAGAGCAGAUCCGCGAGAUGAACCCCAACUACACAGAGUUCAAGUUCCCCCAGAUUAAGGCACAUCCUUGGACUAAGCACGCCGGGAGAGACUCUCUGCCGUCACGGCUAACUUUGUCUAUGAUUGGCGUUCAGGUGUUCCGGCCGCGCACGCCUCCGGAGGCCAUUGCUCUGUGUUCCCGCCUGCUGGAGUACACGCCCACAGCCCGCCUCACCCCUCUGGAGGCCUGUGCACACUCCUUCUUUGACGAGCUGCGCGACCCCAAUGUCAAACUGCCCAACGGGAGGGAGAAGCCCUCACUCUUUAACUUCACCACACAGGAGUUAUCUAGUAAUCCCUCUCUGGCCUCCAUACUCAUCCCUGCUCACGCCCGCAGUCAAGCUGCCGCCUCCACCCCAACCAACGCCUCUGCCACCACAGAUGGCAGCAGCACAGAGCGAGGCCCCAGCACCACCACCGCCUCUGCCUCGGCCUCCAACUCCACCUCCUGAGCCCAACGGACGCCCCGCCCCGCCCCGCCUCCGCCCCAGCCCGCCGCCUGCCCUCUCCGUCGCCCCGGCCAGGGGGUGAGCGCCGCUCCGCCCCGCUCGCCUCCCCGACGGCAGCGGAGUGACGCCGAUGCAGUCUGGGUUCAGCAGCCAGCCGACAUCCCCCGCCUCCCCUCCCCUCCCCUCCCCCGCCAGGCCCCGCCCCCUCCUCUCAGCUGUCUGAACUCUCCUCCAUCCUCCGUCAAAGACGUCUCUCCGUGCACUUUCCACGGGGACGUGACGCCGCGGGCCUGAGGUGUCUCCGACUGUACUAUUGAUCAAAGUACACUGUACAUGUUCACAAUGCUAGCCUGCUAAUGUUUGUAAGAGGACAAUCUGUAGACACGUCCUAAAGCUGUUCCUCCUCGGCCCUCCCCCCAAUCUGGCCUCUCCCAUCUGUCCCCCCACAUUGUCCCAUUUUUCUGCAUCCUCAUUCUUUGACCUCUGACCCCCGGUGACCCCGUGCCAAUCCCCCCCCCCCCCCCUCGUCCCCUUCGGUUCCUUCUGUAGUGCAUGGCCUGAGUAUGGUAGGAUCACCUGGAGGGGGGGAGGGGUCGCCACGCCCUCCCACCUCCCACCUCCACUUCCGCAGACAAGGCAUGAGGCUCAUGCACGCGUAUACACACACACACACAUGCACACAGACACCCACAGACACACACACACACACACGGAUGCAUGAUGAUCCUGGUGUUUGUGGGGAGAAGCAGUCCUUCUCUCUCUUUGCCUGGGGUUGUUUUUAAACGGACGGCGAGCCGCCGCGCUGCGCCUCGUUUUCAAUAUUUGUUUUGUACUCCUGGGCAGAUGUUUGUUGGAUUGACAUGUGACAUGUGUCUGGUCCUGUGUGCUUGUAUAAUAUAUACAUACCAUACAAAACACACACACACACACACACACACACACAUACACACAGUUUAUAUAUUAGUUUUCCUUAUGUAUAAAAAGUAUAUAUAGAUAUAUGUAUAUUAACUACAAUGGUUCAGAAAUCAUUUAUGGGGAGCUCAUAUCUGGCAGCGCAGCGGCAAUAUUUGCCGCUGCCCUAAACACAACAGAUGUGGAGACGGUGGCGUUUCUUGUUUCUCUGUGUUUUCGUUAUGCUGGAGUGUGGUUAGAUUCCAGCAGCCGCGUCCUCGUCCCGUAUCCAGGAUGUGGACGGACGUUCCCCGUCUCUGUCCCGACUGUGUCUGAAACAGCCUCUCUGUGGCAGCGCAGUGCCUCGUCCCCCCCCCCUCCCCUCCUCUAUCUCUCUCUCUCUCUCUCUCUGAAGGAUUGUCGGUGAUUUGUUUUUUUGUUUUGUUUUGUUUUUUUCUCCUCCUCCUCUCGACUCUCUGAGAAUCGCGGCGGUUGGUCUCCGGCUCGCCUCUGACUGUGACCGCCGAUUCAAGUGUUAGCCCCCCCCCCGUCUCCUCCGCCUGCAGCACAUAGAGCCACUCGGUACAGUCUGUCCAAUCGUCUUAUUUACAGAGAGUACUCACUACAAAAAGACAAGAAAAGAAAAAAAAAAAAAAGAAGGAAAAAAACUGAAUUUGUAUAUACAGUAUAAAUGCUCCUCACCAAAAUUAUGACUUGUAUGACUUGUAUGUUGUUUUUUUUUUAUGUUGUUAUGUUGAUUAUAUUUUCCAUGUUGUGUUCAAGGUAUGUAUAUAUGCAGACCCAUGUACUGUUUAUGAGCAAAAACAAAGAUGGGAACGGGUGGGGGAAGAAACGAAAAAGAUAAAACAAAAAACAAAAAAAAAACAAAAAAAAGAAGCAAAGUCAGGGCAAAACUGAUGUUGUUUAUGGAUAUUGUAGAUGACGAUGAUGACGAUGAUGAUGAUGAUGAUGAUGAUGAUCAGCUUUAUCCAGCCAUAUGUCCAAUCUUACCUGUACAGUACAGUAGAUGACAGCUGUAUUAUUGUAACAAGAACUAGUCAUGUAUAGUGUAACUAUAGUUUGGAGUGCCUUUGCUUUCAUACACCUCCGCCUUGUUUCCACCGUCACCCGGCCGCCCCGCCCCCUCCCGUCAUCAGCCCCACCCCCCCGCCCCCCACCUCCACCCGCUCAUGUAUUGACUCUCCCUUUGGUGCUGUUGAAUGUCCUGCUAUCCUGCUACAUGCUCACACACACACACACACACACACACACACACACGCUCACUCUUCCACUUGGUUUCCUCCAAUCUGUGCAUCGUUCCCCGUUCUUCAUCAUUGCACACUUCGAUGUGAUUUACAGACGUUGCUAAUCAUAAGGAUGGGAUCUUCCUUAGCUGCAAAUACAGUAGACGAGUCUUUAUUUUAAUAAAUGUUCUAACUAUAUCUAUUAUACACAUACAGGGCUGUGAAAAAAUGUUUUUGUUCUUGCAUAUUUCCUCCGUUUUAAUCCUAAAGAUCAUCCAACAAGUGUAAGCGUCAGACAGGGUUGACCCAAGUAAACACCAGUUGCAUUUUGAGACGGGAGAAAAUACUUUUUCACAGCACUGUAUUUAUAUAUAUGUAUACAUAUAGAUAUAUAUGUAUACUCACUCGGACGCCCUGGCGUGGACUCCGGGGUAUGAAGUGAGGGGGUGGGCUCAGCAGGAGCUUCAUCGAGGCCUCAUGUACUGUGUGUGUACGAUACGGUGAAGUGUGUGUAUCGCUCAGUGUUGGUUCCGUUACCAAAGCCAAACUCACGAUGUUCGUUGUGAAGAGCCAUCCUCUGAGGCAAUAACUCUCUCUCUCUCUCUCUCUCUCUCGCUCUCUCUCGCUCUCUCUGUCCCUCCUCUGUCCUCUUGCUUGUUUCUCCUCCCCCGGCGCCGGGAGGGAGGAAUUCAGUAGCACCUGAAGGGGGGCGGAGUCACGUAGCCUUUCUCUUCCCGUCUCCCGCUUGCUGUAAUUUUGCAUUCAUGAACGUGUCGCUGUCCCCUCCGGCCGAAGGUUCCACCACUUCACCCUGUACCCCCGACUCCAGCUCAGUAAAAACACCACGACGGUUACCAAAAAAAAAAAAAAGAAAAAAAGAAAAAACAAAUAUAUAUGCUAGUAUU